AUGACGGUUGAAAGUAGAGGAGAUGGUAGGAUUAGUAGAGGCUUGGAAGGAGAGUUGAAGGGGAAACAUGAUUGUAAAUUUAGUGGGUUUGGAAUAGAGAACACGGACACAGAGUUGCAAGGGCCCGCCGGAGGGCUAGGAAUUGGAUUUUUGGGCGAUUUAGGACGUGAAUUGGGAAAUAGUUUUGGAGAUGGUUUGGGUAGUAUAGACGGUGAUUUGGGAACAGGAACAGGAGUUGGAGGCCAGACGAGCUAUAUUAAUAUUGGUGGUUUGAGUCUUGGACUGGCGAUGGGUGUAAACGGGUCAUAUUCGAUUUGGAGUGACAAACCGAAGGAUGGUCCAGCGUUUUCGCCAUUUGUGGACCAUGGAUGGUCGCCGCGGGUAGAAAUGGCAGGAUUAGGACAAAAAAUGAAAGGAGAAGACUCGUUAGAGCUCCAAAAUAAGCAUUUGGAGGUCGAAAAUAUAAGUCCUCGCGAGAACAUUUACCUGACAAGAGUGAAUAACCCACCAUUUAUAUCACAGACAUCGCGACCUAGUAAGAAGGUCAAAACCGUCUCCAAUAACCAGGCUGUAGUAAGAUUGCCUGCGGGAACCAGAGAAACAAGGCGGUGUCCAAAAUUCCGUGAUUAUUUCUUGCAGCAGAAUAACGACGUCAACAGCGAGGAUUAUUGUUCAACAUUCUACAAGAGAAAUAGCCUUGGAUACAUGUUCAUCAAGGAGCCAUCUAACUCCCUUAAGGUGAACAGCUCGGGCCCGCGGUCAUGGGUGCAAUUAAAAAUCAAAUUUCCCGAUACUGCCAGUGCCAAAAAACUAAAGGUGGACAUCAAAAAGUUACCGUUUUGGAAGCCAAUAAAUGUCAAUCUUAAGGACCCGUCUAGGUCAAAGAAGUCCCUGAAGGACAAAAGGAGAUUCAAUGUUCUGAAGCGUUUCCAAAAGCACAAGGGGGAUAAUUCCUUUUAG